AUGAACUUUUAUCUACUCGCUUUUUUGUUAUUAAUCGCUGGAAAUGGAGCAGCAAGUCCACUGGGACAAGAAUCUGAUGAAGCCAUCGUGGCAACUUCCAGACCCAGAAAUCUAGAAGACGAUGACGUGGAGACUACAACGCAUCCGACGUUCACAGUUCAAAGAUUGGAUGCUCCAAUUGAGCGGAUCGAGAUUCGAUUGAUCGAUGACAAUACGACCCAUGUUGUUCCAGAAGUUGUGAUAAGUGCUGAAAAAAGAGAUGAGGAUGAGAAUAGAACAAAUGCUGGGAGAGAUGGAAAUGAUGAAGGGACAACUACGGAACAGCCGACAUCUGCUCUCGAGCCAACCCCGGAGCCAACAUCUCCACAAUACUCGGAUGCUCCUGGUUAUUCGACUGAACAUUCGACUGAACAACCAGUUGUAGUUGGAGAAGACCCUUAUUACUACUCCACCCUGUCCCCAGCGAAACAAGCUAGCGCUGAGGUGCAGGCAAAAGCAUGGAUAUCAGUCGUAAAAUUUCAGAACGAGGAGCCAGAAGAAGAAUGCCUUGCCAACGAAGAGAAUCUGACUGACGAAGUGAUCGAGCGACUGAAAUCGGAAACUGCAAUGUACUAUCGUCUAGUCAAACAGAGAAACGAUCAACAGAAGGAGUUCUGUGGCACCAUUGCGGCUCGAGAUGUGACAACUGAAGAGUUCAGAAGAUGUAGUAAUUGGAGAGCCGAGAAGCUUGUCUACUAUUACAAAUUGAUGCGAAAGACCUAUUGUCAAGUUGACAACUGGCCCAACUCACCGAAAAUCAAGAAAACUUAUGGCGAAUAUCUCAAUUUGUUCGGCACUUUCUAUGCGUUUCAGAAGUAG